AAAGCUAAGGAGCAUAUCGAUCGCAUUCAUCGCUUUCGCAUUCUUGUCAUGGGCAGAGCAAAUGCAGGUAAAACAACAAUCCUGCAGAGGGUCUGUAAUGCAACAGAUCAACCAGAAAUAUUCAAUGGAGAAGGACAGAAGGCUUGUGUGGACAAUCAUGCACUCACUGUUGAUUGUAUCCAGCGUGGCUACCAUGACAUCGAGGACGAGUUGGUCUUUCGGAGUAAUCCACGAUUUGUAUUCCAUGAUUCAUGUGGGUUUGAGGCUGGAAGUGAAGAGCAGUUUGCCAUGAUGAAGAAGUUUGUGAUGGAUCAUGCAAGGACCCCGAAAUUAAACAAGAGAAUACAUGCCAUUUGGUUUUGUAUUCCAUUGACUGACAUCCACAGGAUGGUUACAGCAGCUGAAACAAAGUUCUUUGAGGAGUGUGAUACAGGGCAUGUUCCUGUGGUUGUUCUGGUAACAAAGGCAGAUGCCUUGGAGCUAGAAGCAAUUGAACAGCUUGAGGACCAAGGGUUGACUGUAGAUGCAACAAGUGUAGCAGCACUGGAAAAAAAGAUUCUGGACAACAAUAUUGCAAAGCUCAAGGGUUGGUUGAAUAAGUGCAAAUUUGCACCUCAGGACUACUUGUCAUUUGGUGGGAUGCAUGAAGAAAGUGGAGAUUGCACAUCCCUACUAAAAUGCACAACAAAUGCAUUGACUGAGGAAGGGCUGCAAGAGCUCCUGAUAUCAACACAGCAGACCAACCUGGGACUGUGUAUUGAAUUUGCUAUAUUACAAACAUUAAAGGUGAACAUGAAGAUGGGGUGGAUGAAUCCAGCAGGACUGGCAUUUGAACUGUCAAAAUGGUUUCCUUUUAAAGUGUGUGAAAUGGAGUACCUUGUUGGGUUGAAUUCAUGCUCAAUGUUGUUGUUGCCCUGCUGCUGGCCUAAAUUGGAUAGUAUCAAGUGAGUGGAGUCAUGG